CGCGCCGGCGAGUUCAACAUCGUGCUCGAUGACGUCGCCAUCACCCACCUCGCCUACGGGCACGACUUCGCCCAGGCCGUUGAGAAGAAGCAGGUCGCGCAGCAGGAGGCUGAGCGCUCCAGGUUCCUCGUUGCGCGUGCAGAGCAGGAGAGGCGUGCUGCUAUCGUUCGCGCGGAGGGAGAGAGCGAGUCCGCACGGCUCAUCUCAGAUGCCACCGCUCUUGUAGGCAAUGGCCUGAUCGAGCUCAGGAGGAUCGAGGCUGCCAAGGAGAUAGCUGGGGUGAUUGCGCGCUCACCCAAUGUUUCCUACAUCCCUUCUGGCAACAACGGCCAGAUGCUGCUUGGGCUCAGCACUGCCCGGUGAAUGAAUUGCCACUUAUCUUCCAGUUGGUCACAG